AUGUUGCCAUACAUCCCCGGUUUGGGUACAGCCGCGGCGGGAGCUGACUCAGAUGCGGACAUCUUGGACCAAGCGGAACCCGUGAGCUCUCCAUUUCGUGCCCAUCGACAACAAUUGCUCAACAUGAGGUUUGAAGAGAUGACGCCGGAAGAAUCACGACGAUGCACCGAGAGGGCUAUGCAGUCAGUGCCGGUAUCUCUGCCUGUUGGUCAAGUUGGCGGCUCCCCGCACGAUUCUUUGAGCAGCCGGCGUAGCAAUGCUGUAUUCGGGUCUCCGAUGUCCGCAUCUCCCACGGCUGCCAUCGAGGCAGAGCGACGAUGGUGGGCCGAUGCAUCAGAAAGGCAGCUAGAAAAUCUCAGCCAGGUGGUCAAAUCCGAAACGGCCAGGUGUUUCCUGGAACUGGACAAAUUGAAGGCGCAGGUCAAGGAAGAAAUUCGCCAGGAGUCGGCGGCCUUGACGGAUCAGUUUGGUGCGAUGUUGAACUCCAUGGAGCAGAGGCUCCGACGCGAGCAACAGGCAGGUCACCAGGCAGCGUUGGAAGCUGCACGACGUGAGCUAGAGGAAAUCGGAUCCAAGCACGCGACGGUGGAGUCUUCAGCAUCUUCACUACUCCAGGCAGAACCGGAAUCAAUUCCGACGUCGCCGUCGGCAAAAUCGAAACGUAUAGAUCAAUUCAUCGAGGAGAUUGGUUUACGUGUGGACGGUCUCCACGUGAAGUUGGAGGAGCAGCUAACAGCCGCACUUGCCGAAGAGAGAAAGACUCGGGGCAAGUCGAUGUCAGAUGUUUGCCAAUAUAUCGAGCACAUGGUGGGCCUCCAGGAGUCAGAUGCCAAGAAUGACAAGCUACGGCUCCAGGAUUCUAUCUCUCAGCUGGGAGAACGAGUUCAGGUGCUGGAGGAGGCCAUGACGGUGUACUUAUACAACACAAACCAGAUGCCGGACACGGUCGGCGACUCCGGGACGGGCUCCGGCAUCAUCUCGGACGUGCGACCUUCUACGAGCACGGCCGAGCCAGGCCUUGUUGUGCCCGAGCCUACGGAUAUGGCUGCAGACGUGACCUUGCCAUUGCUGCCGAGCAACGGACGCCCAUCAGAAGACCGGACCUCGCCACCCCACCUCAGCGUCUUCCGGAACGGUGGAGAGACAGCUUUGGAACCUGGUGAUGCAGCUGA